AUGUCAUCCCUCUUAAAUGCUUCCACUAAGGGGGCUACCUUCCUGUUAACAACUACAAGAGUAGCUUUAACUCGAUUGACAACAAAUAAAGGAAAUGGCCUCACACUACGAAACGUGAAAAGACAAAUACACUUGAAUCAUGAAUUAAAAUUAAAACUAGAUAACUCACCAUCCCAUGGUGUUGUUGUCAUUGGUGGUGGUCAUGCCGGUUGUGAAGCUGCCACAGGAUCCGCAAGAACUGGUAUACAAACUACAUUAAUUACUCCAUUCUUAGAUAAAAUUGGUACUUGUUCUUGCAAUCCAUCAAUGGGUGGUAUAGGGAAAGGUACUUUGUUAAGAGAAGUUGAUGCGUUGGAUGGUGUGGCCGCUAAAGUGACAGAUUUGGCAGGUAUUCAAUUCAAAAUAUUGAAUAGAAGUAAAGGUGCUGCAGUUUGGGGGCCGAGAGUUCAAAUUGAUAGAGAUAUUUAUUUGAAAGAAAUGCAAAAUUUAUUAAAAAAUUAUCCAAAUUUAAAUUUAUUACAGGGGAAAGUUAAAGAUAUUAUCGUGGAACAACAAUCUACCACUUCUUCUUCCUCUUCUUUUUCUUCUUCUGUACCAAUCGUUAGAGGUGUUAUUCUUGAAGAUGAAUCUAUAUUGAAAGCUGAGAAAGUGGUCAUCACUACGGGGACUUUCUUAAAUGCUGAAAUUCAUGUAGGAAUGGAAACUUUCCCCGCAGGUAGAAUUGGUGAAGAUCCAACAUAUGGGAUAAGUAAAACUUUAUCACAAUUUGGUUUCAAAUUAGGUAGGUUGAAAACUGGUACACCUGCAAGACUAGAUGCAAAAUCGAUAAAUUUCAAAAAUUUAGAAAAACAAUUUGGUGAUGAUCCACCAUAUCCAAUGAGUUUUAUGAAUGAAAUUGUCCCCAUAGCAAAUAGUAAACAAAUUCUUUGCUAUGGAACAAGAACUACAAAUGAAUUACACGAAUAUUUACGUCAAAAUUUAGAUAAAAGUAUUCAUAUUAAAGAAACUGUAAAAGGUCCAAGAUAUUGUCCCUCAAUUGAAGCCAAAAUUAUUAGAUUCCCAGAAAAAGAAUCUCAUAGGAUUUGGUUAGAACCAGAAGGUUUAACUUCAAAUGUAAUAUAUCCCAAUGGGAUAUCAAAUUCAAUGCCCAAAGAUAUUCAAUUGAAAAUGUUAAGAAUGGUCCCCGGUUUGGAAAAUGUAGAAAUUAUUCAAUUCGCAUACGGUGUAGAGUAUGAUUAUGUGGAUCCGACUCAAUUACAAAAUACUUUAGAAACUAAAUUAAUCUCGGGUCUUUAUAUGGCUGGUCAAAUCAAUGGUACCACAGGAUAUGAAGAAGCUUGUGCUCAAGGAAUUAUUGCAGGAAUUAAUGCAGGUUUAUCUUUGAAGAAUGAUGGAACUACUCUAACACGCGCACUGGUACUAAAUAGAUCAAAUUCAUACAUUGGUGUAUUAAUUGAUGAUUUAAUAACAAAAGGUGUAGAGGAACCAUAUAGAAUGUUUACUUCAAGAUCAGAAUUUAGAAUUAGUGUAAGAUCGGAUAAUGCUGAUUCAAGAUUAACAGAAUUAGGUUAUAAAUUAGGUGUUAUAAGUCCUGAACGAUGGAGGAAAUAUAAUUCAGACAAGGAUAUCUUUGAAAAAAUAAUUAACAAAUUGAAAACUUUCUCUUUAAAUUCCAAUCAAUGGGAAACAAAAUUUAAUAACACAAUGAAUAUAUCACAAUCGGCCACAAAUAAAUCAGCAUGGGAAUUGUUCCGUAAAGAUGGUAUGUCACUGGAAAAAAUGAUUUAUUACGUUCCUGAAUUGAAUUUAAACGUAUCUGAGAUUCCAAAACAAGUAUUAUCUAAGAUUAAUGUCGAGGCAAAAUAUGAACCAUAUUUAAUAAAACAAAAACAAUAUGUUAGAGCAUUCCAAGCAGAUGAAAAUAUGUUUUUACCAAUUGAUAUUGAUUACAAUCCAAUUGCAAGUUUAUCAUCAGAAUGUAAAUUAUUACUUAAUAAAAUCAAACCAACUACCAUUGGACAAGCAAGAAGAAUUCAAGGAGUAACACCAGCUGCAAUCUUUGAAUUGUACAAAUUGGCACAAAAUAGGAAAAAUAAACCAGUUUGA